UUUUAGUCCAGCUCGCUGGCGGGACGCUUUCGUUCGUCCUCCUCGACUAUUGAUAUAAGAACACACCCACAGAGUUUGACACACCUUUACUUUGUAGUUAACUUCUGCACAUUCUUUCCGGACCGGACAAAGUCUAAAAUGACGGAGCAAAAUAAAUCUUCAGAACUUGCUACGCAAAUAUUAAAAGAGGCUCCCGCGUCGAGAAAAGCGCUUAUUGACAACUAUAACAACCUUCACAAAGUGGCCGAUUACUGUGAAAACAAUUAUUUAGGCCUACAGGAUGAGGACACAUGGAGGGGUUUGGAGGAGACCAAGGCUUUGACCGCUCAGGCUUUGGCCAGUGUGGCCUACCAGAUCAACAGCCUAGCCACUUCUGUCCUGAGACUGCUGGACAACCAGUCCAUGCAGCUGAAAGACAUGGAGAACUCCCUCAACCUCCUCUCUCUGGCUGUAGCUAUCCAUCAGGAGAAGGUGUCUCGGAGAGAGAUGGGAAUUUUCACCACAGUAACGAAGUUGGCUUGCGCCAAAUUAAUGAGCCCUCCCAACGCUGGCCGGGAGCUCAAGGGUUGCUACAUCAGAAGACCCAUAUCCUUCACCGAACUGGACACACUGGGCCACAGCUUUAACCUCAAUGAGUUGCAGCCUCGGAAAAGAACAGGGACCACAGAGAGUGUGCGGAGUACAGGGAGCUGUGGCCCUGUGGAGUGUCCCGUUGCUCCUGCUACCCAGCCUGGGGAACCCUCCUCAGCCAGUGUCAAUAAGGAUCUCUAUAGGUCCAAUCUUGGCAUUAAUGUGGCCCUACCAUCGGUGCCCACCUUGCCAGUCUCCUCAAACCUCACCCAAAACUGCCCACAACCCCCUCCUGGAUCCACAUUUGACUCCAACAUCCCACCUCCUCCUCCUCCACCACCUGGCUCCAUGGGCACUGGUCCUCCUCCUCCUACACCCUCCAUGACCUCAUCGAAUAACCUCCCUCCUCCCCCUCCUCCUACACCGAAUGCAUCCCCUUAUGUUCCCUCUCCGCCACCCCCUCCUCCACCUCCUCCCAACUCAUCAAAUAGCUUCCCCCCUCCUCCUCCUCCUCCACCUGGUUCAAUGGGGAAUGCUCCACCUCCUCCUCCACCUCCUCCCAGCUCAUCAAAUAGCUUCCCCCCUCCUCCUCCUCCUCCACCUGGUUCAAUGGGUAAUGCUCCACCUCCUCCGCCACCUCCACCUCCUCCCAGCUCAUCAAAUAGCUUCCCUCCUCCUCCUCCACCUGGUUCAAUGGGUAAUGCUCCUCCUCCUCCUCCACCACCUCCUCCUCUCCCUGGUACCUCCACUAAGGUGCCCCCACCUCCUCCACCACCCCCACCUCCUCCUCUUCCAUAACUUAUAUUGUUACGUGUCUUCCCGAUCUACCUUCUGCUAUGUAGGGAUUACAUGAUAACAUGGCACAGCAAUGAAUUGAACUGAAUAUGGCAUGUAACAUAAAUACAGUGUGUGAUCAUGAUUGAGUUUUAUGAAUAUGUAUAAAACAAAUUUGAUUUAUUUCAAUUUACAAGUCUAUUGAUGACAGGAUUCUGCAUUAAAGGAAGUUUUUAAAUCUA